GCAAUGAGAUGAGAUCUCAUCAAUCCUCUACAAACUACAAACCCCUCACCCAUUUCCUCCCAAAGAGUAAUUAGUUGUGACAACAAUGGCGCUAAAUCUUCGUCAAAAGCAAACUGAGUGUAUUACGCGGAUGUUAAAUCUGAACCAGCCGGUGAACGCCGGUGCCACUGCCAAUGAGGAGGUAUACAAGAUCCUGAUUUACGAUCGAUUCUGCCAAGACAUUUUAUCCCCUUUGAUUCACGUCAAGGACCUCCGUAAACACGGCGUUACCCUCUACUUCCUUAUCGAUAAGGAUCGCAAACCCGUCCAUGAUGUUCCUGCUGUCUACUUCGUCCAACCCACCCAUCUUAAUGUACAGCGUAUCGUUGCUGAUGCCUCCAAGUCUCUUUACGAUUCCUUCCAUUUGAACUUCUCCUCUUCUAUUCCCAGGCCCUUGCUCGAAGAUCUCGCUUCAGGCACGGUUAAUUCUGACUCGAUUGAAAGGAUCUCUAAAGUGCAUGAUCAGUACUUGGAGUUUGUCACGCUUGAGGAUAAUUUGUUCUCACUUGCCUACAAGAACUGUUAUCUUCAACUGAAUGAUCCCUCUGCUGGGGAUAAAGAAAUUGAAGAGAUCAUUGAAAAGAUUGUCAGUGGCUUAUUUUGUGUGUUGGCUACUCUUGCUGUUGUCCCUAUCAUCAGGUGUCCCCGUGGUGGGCCUGCUGAGAUGGUGGCAUCCCUGUUGGAUCAGCGUUUCAGAGACCAUCUGUUAGCUAAAAACAAUUUAUUCUCUGAGGCUGGGAAUUUCACUAGCUCAUUUCAGAGGCCAAUUUUGUGUUUAUUCGAUAGAAACUUUGAGUUGUCAGUAGCUAUACAACAUGAUUUUAGGUAUAGACCACUUGUUCAUGAUGUGCUUGGUUUGAGAUUGAACAGGUUGAGUGUGCAGGGAGAGAAAGGUGGGAUGAAAUCAUUUGAGUUGGACAGAUCUGAUCCAUUCUGGGUGGCAAAUUGGUCGUUGGAGUUUCCAGAGGUUGCUUUGGAGAUAGAAGCUCAGUUGAACAAGUAUAAGAAGGAUGUGGAGGAGGUAAAUAAACGAACUGGUGGGAACUCAGGGGCUGAGUUUGAUGGGACAGACUUGGUUGGCAAUACCAAGCAUUUGAUGAAUGCAGUAAAUUCCCUGCCUGAGUUGACAGAGAGAAAACAAGUCAUUGAUAAGCACACCAAUAUUGCUACAGCAUUGUUAGGGGAGAUCAAGGAGAGGUCCCUUGAUUCGUAUGCCAAAAAGGAGAAUGAUAUGAUGGUAAGAGGUGUCAUUGAUCGCAGUGAGCUCAUCGGAGCUCUCAAGGGAAAAGGGACUAAGGUGGAUAAGCUGCGGUUUGCUAUCAUGUAUCUUAUCUCGACUGAAAGCUUACCUCAAUCAGACGUUGAAAUGAUUGAAACAGCACUUAGGGAGUCUGAGGUUGAUACCACAGCAUUUCAGUAUGUAAAGAAGAUAAAAUCAUUGAAUGUCUCUUUAGCAUCAGCAAAUUCUGCGAGUAGGAGCAACAUUGUUGAUUGGGCUGAAAAGCUCUAUGGGCAGUCAAUCAGUGCUGUAACUGCAGGUGUCAAAAAUCUAUUAUCCAGUGAUCAUCAGUUGGCUUUGUCAAGAACAGUAGAAGCAUUAAUGGAGGGGAAACCCAAUCCAGAAAUUGAUUCUUAUAUUAUUUUUGAUCCUCGUGCACCCAAGUCAAGCUCCGGGAUGAGCAGCAGUCACCUGAAAGGACCAUUUAAAGAAGCUAUUGUCUUUAUGAUAGGUGGUGGUAACUAUGUGGAGUAUGGAAGCUUGCAAGAGCUAGCCAAUCGUCAACAGCCAGUUAAGCAUGUUAUAUAUGGGACGACAGAAAUUCUUACAGGAGGUGAGUUCAUCGAGCAGCUUGCACUGCUGGGGCAGAAGAUGGGAUUGGGAACUAGUGUCGCAACACCAGCCCAUUAAUGCAGUUGCGAUUUGUGUACAAUCCCUUAAGGAAACCCUUUGUUGUUCAGUAUUGACUGUGUGGACUUCAUCAGGCUACAUGAGCAAAUCAUACACUUGCACGUAAUAGUAUGUUGAGUUCUCGAAGAAGAGUUUGUUGACCCUAUUCUUAACAUUGUGAUAUUUGACCCUGAUGCAUAGUGAACGUUAAAAUAUAGAAGAAUUCAUAUAUAAGUUCAAACUUGUGUGGAGUUGGUUUAUACCGUUGUUCUUUAGUUGAUGUACUUGGAACUGUUUGCAUACCAUCCCUCACUGUCCAAGGUGGUUUCUUUGUA